GCGUUUGGGUAGAAGAGACGAAGCGAGAUGGUUUAGUCCUGUUUGUCCACAAUAUACAGACCGAUAAACAGACCACCUACCUUUCCGCCUUUGGGACAACCACUCCCAUCAAAGCGGAGACAAUACCAUUUAGUCAUUAUAUACAGUAUCUCUGGUUUGGGCGAGUUUCGUUGGUGACGUCUGUCGCCAGUACCCGCCCCGUUCAGUUAUCGCCUUGCUUUGCUGCAUAGACCGCGCAGGAACCUGGACCAAACGAGGCGGAAUUUCAGUUGCUUAUCCAUCAUCGAUAUGGGAAUUAUACCAUUCUUUCAGAACCAAGCUCUUAUCCCAUACUAUCUGAAGCCAGUCCACUUCGAGACACAGACUAUAAAAACUGCCGGUUGAAGGAACACCAGCAGUAGAUUGUUAUUAUUGCCUUAGCCAGUACAGCAUUUAUAGAAUAUGUUUCCUGCUGAUGCAGGGAUGAUAAACCACCUUGUGCGAUGAGAAGUAGCCUAACGUUUUCUCAGAACUGGAGAUGGGCAUUUUCUAAAUUGUCCUAAUUGAUUUUGGGAAAAUGCUCUGGACAAUUUUAGUGCUCUGUAUGUCUAUGGCGCUACUGUACAGUGUAGUUGGUGAGGCCUCCAGCCAGCCUCUGACACCCAGCCGAGGCACUGAGACAGAGGCCCUGUCUGCCCGCCACUACUACCACACAGACCCCAGCACAGGCAUUCAGCUGGUCUGUGACAAGUGCCCCGCGGGCACCUUUGUUUCCAGACACUGUACCCAGACCAGUGUGAGGGAUUGCAACCGCUGUGACGAGGGCACAUUCACUCACGGAGAGAACGGGAUUCAGCAUUGCCACCGCUGCAGGAGGCCGUGCCACGCCCCCCUCGUUGAAAAGGUCCCCUGCACGGCCACCUCGGACCGGAUCUGCACCUGCCCUCCGGACACCUUCACCCAGGGGGACAGCUGCACGGCUCACUCCCUGUGCCCUGUGGGCUCAGGGGUUAAGAAGAGGGGCAACGAUGUGGAGGAUGUGCGCUGUAAAGUGUGCGCACGGGGGAGUUUCUCUGAUAUGGCCUCCAGUGUGUUGAGGUGCAGGACACACACAGACUGCCUGACCCACGGUCUGCCCCUACUGGCAACGGGCACUAGAGAGACAGACAACAUCUGUGGACCUGCUUCUCCCACCUCCCCCACCCUCUUGGGACCUGCACAGUCUGCCUUCGUCCAGGAGCCCUCCUCUUCCUCCUCCUCAUCUGGCCCAGUACGUAAAGACAACUUCAGACUGACAGCAGGUGCUGAGGACUUAGAGCUCUUACUGAGUGCCACAGGGAUUCUACCCAGCCAUGGCCAGGAUUCCCCCCCAGCAGGCUCCUCCAAAGCCAGCCCCGAAGACAAUGGAGAGGUCCUGAACCUAGCCGCUACGCCUGAAGCCCAGGACUCCACACGGACUCUACCACAUCACAAGUACUCUGUUCCCAGUGAUAACCACCGCACCCACCCGGCGGCCAACAACCGGGCCAUGGAAGGCAUGGAGGAUGGAGCUGGUGUGGGAGUGGGCAGAUGGGUGCAGAGCUCAGGGUACAGGCCCACGCGGAGGGGCUCCCCCAGACCCAGCACUCAUACGCACUUUGACAUCAAUGAGCACCUGCCCUGGAUGAUCGUUCUGUUGCUGCUGCUGGUGCUGGUGGUGAUCGUGGUGUGCAGCGUGAAGAGGAGCUCCAGAGUUCUGAAGAAGGGUCCAGUCCAGGACCCCAGCAGCAUCAUUGAGAAGGCAAUCCAGAAGAAGACCUGCCCCCCGACACAGACCAAGGAGAAGUGGAUCUACUACUCCAACGGACAGGGUGUGGACAUCCUGAAGUUGGUGGCAGCUCAGAUUGGCAGCCACUGGAUUGACAUGUACCAAUCCCUGGCCAAUGCCACGGAGCGUGAAGUGGCAGCAUUCUCCAACGGCUACCAGUCGGACCACGAGCGUGCAUACGCUGCCCUGCAGCACUGGACCAUCCGCGAUGGGGACGCCAACUUGGCUAAGCUCAUCAACGCCCUGCACCGCCACCGCCGUAUAGACGUGGUGGAGAAGAUACGAGGCAUCAUGGAAGACAAUCCUCAGUUUAAUCUGAACCAGCUGAUGACUGUGAAUGUAACCCCGAGCCACAGUCCUGUCCACAAGUCGUUGGAGUCUCCUGGGGUGGUGGUGGAGCAGUCUCCUGUGGACCGGACCAAGGGCUUCUUCCCCGACGAAUCAGAGCCUCUGCUCCGCUGUGACUCCACCUCCAGCAAAGACUCCGCCCUCAGCAGGAACGGCUCAUUCAUCACCAAAGAGAAGAAAGACACCGUGCUGCGUCAGGUCCGGCUGGACCCGUGUGACCUGCAGCCCAUCUUCGACGACAUGCUGCACAUCCUAAACCUUGACGAGCUGCAUGUCAUCGAGGCGAUCCCCAUGGCAGAGGACAAACUGGACCGCCUCUUCGAGAUUGCCGGGGUCAAGAGCCAGGAGGCCAGCCAGACCCUGCUGGACUCGGUCUACAGCCACCUGCCUGACCUCCUAUAGGCACACUGCUGUGAUGCUACAGACCUAUACUGUGGUCAGGGGACGCCCCACUUCCUUCUGCUGCAAACCCCUCCUUUUCAGUGUGGCUACUUGGGUGUGCCCCCCAAAAAAAAAAUACUCUGAGGUAAGCUAGUGAGAUGCUGCUUGAUUCUGGAUAGUCGUCUACACGCCUUCAUGACUGCCAAUCGGCUAUCCUCCAUUCCUAGCAGCCUGACUUAAUCCCCUACUAAUACCAGGGUCAGGGAGCCUCCCUUUUUUCACCUUUAUUUAACCAGGUAGACUAGUUGAGAACAAGUUCUCAUUUACAACUGCGACCUGGCAGUUGUAAAUUUUCUCUCUUCUCUCUCUAUGAUCCUGCACACUCUCACCCCCAGGCCAGACCAUACAGCCACAUGCCUGACCUCUUGAAGUCUCCUUCCAUCACUCCCCCCAUGUUGAGGGGAGGGGUCCAGGCUCCCCCCCCACACACAGCCCCCCAUGGUGAGCCUGCCUGCCUGGAGGAAGGGCAGGACAGAGUGGCCAGCCUGGAGUUCUGGGCAGACAUAGCACCACCAUCACCACUAUGCUUAUUAAACCAUAACUAUUGCCCUUGUGUCAAUGUAACAUUAAACAAGUGUUCUCUUUACAUUUUUCAGAUUAUAAACCCAUAUUCAUGCAAGCAAACUUCAACAACACACUCUCAUGCACAAUGUCUAUAAAUGUCAAACAUCCCACAUGAAGAAAUACUAUAGUCUGCACUAUGGUUGGACUACUACAGUAUUUACUGUAGUAUCUACUAUAGUAUACUUUAGUAUUUACAGUUUACUAUAGUAUAAAUACUGUAGUAAAAACAAGCAUUAGUGUAUACUAUAUUAAUUACGGUAAUGUUUUUGCAGACUGUAGUAUACUGUAGUAUUUACUGUAGUGUUUUUGUUUUAUUAUCUUUGACAUAGAAGUGGGGGGCAUUCUCCUUGAAGAAACCUACUGGAGAAAUACUCAGAGUACAUUUUCCAUAACCUGUAGGUAGUGCUGGGUUCUGACACGGAGAGUUCAGAGCUUCUACUCUUUUCUAUAAACAUAGGGAACACAAUAUAUGGUCUAAACUUGGCAUGUAGGUUUCAAACUUACGGGUGGCCCAAAUUGGGACUUGGGGGAGGGGAAUGGGCAUGGUACAGUAUGUACACAUUAUAUACUGUAGUAUUUACUAUAGUUUAAAAAAAAUGUUUUUGUGGACUGUAGUAUUUUUGCAGAACUUUUUUGUACUAUUUACUAGUGUUUUUUUGUGGAUAAUACUGUAGUAUUUACUAUAGUAUUCUACAGUACUACAAAAUUCUAUACUAAGUCCUAAACAUGAUCGAGGGAUACUACAGUGUAUACAAUUGUAUAGUAUACUACAGUUUACUACAUACUUCUAUAUACUGUAGUAUUCUAGAAUAAACUGUAGUAUUUUUUUAUGGGGGACACUACGACACACACUCAUGAUGCACAAUGUCUUACACUAAUAGUAUGUAAUAUGAUUGAUGCACUAAUUCUUGUUCUUUGAGUAACAUAACCAUUUCAUCUGUAUGCAUUCUGCCAUAUGUGCUUCAAUGUCUCUUUGAAAUGGUAUUUACUUACAUGUAACACAUAUUUUUUUUUCAACAUUUAGUUUGAGUAUUAUCAUUUGUAGUUUUUUAGCUUUUUGAUUUCUUAGCAAAUAUUAUUUGUCUUGAUUUCAAUGGCAUUCUGAUAUGUCCCAGCUUGGUGUAAUGAGACCAUCUUACUGGAUGUAAGAUAUGCAUAGUUGCUCCAUAUUCUACUUGAAUCUGACAGUCAUCUUCUGGAUUGUGGUACUUGAUUAAAAAAUAACAAUGUACAACUAUAGUUCCUUUUAAAUUCAACAUCUUUAAAAAAAAAUAAUUAAAAAGCACCACCAAAAACAUGUUGCUGUGAAGUGCCAGUAUUCAACUCGCAGAUGUUAGGAAAGGAACACAGACUGACUUUUUGCCAAGCCAAUCGUAUCAAGCUAUUCUGGUGCUAGACUUGAAAUUCUCUAGUUGGGCAUAAUACCAGGAUGAUAUGGGCGGCUUUCAGGACAAUCGCUACUAAAGUAUUCUGGACUUUGCAGGGGGUAAAAUAGAUGCAGCUGCUCUGGACUUUGUUGGGCAGAAUUGAAGUGUUGUUCGAGCUGUCCACAUCGCUGUUGGGUCUAAUGUAGGUGUGUGAAGGUAAGCAUGUAGAACGAGUCUGAAACAAUGAAGUUGAGGUAUACUGUACAUGUACUCUGGUGGCUGUUUUUAAACAUAACAUGUGUAACCAGUACAUUUACUAUUAUGUAAAAUCUUAAAUCAACCAAUUAAAGUUAAAACGUUUGUCAUAA